AAUAACAAAUUAUAUAAGCUAGAUAUAGGUAUUAAAUAUUAAUUUUACCUUUGAUGAUUUUUUUUAAAUUAGAUUCUUAUACCAAUUAUGAUUGCAGUAAAAGAUGAUAACAUAUUGAAAACUAUAAUAAAGUAUGUAAUUUGGUAUAAAUAUAUUUUUUUUUUUAAUUGUUAUUUUAUUAAUUUUAAAUUUUAUUUGGUAGAAUUCUUGUUAAUAUAAUGACUCCAAUUGAACGUUUGGUGCAAAUUGACCAAUUUUGUAAAGACGAAAAUGGAUAUUCUACUGUACUUAAACAUAAUCGGAUGUUGGCAACUAAUAAAAUAGCAUUCAACAAUGUAAAUGCUAUCAAACGUGUCAUACAUGUUAUAAAAGAAAAUAUUUUAAAAGUAAGUAUAAUAAAACGGGAACGUAUCGCUUAUCUUAAAUUUAAAAGGUCAUAUCCAUUUAUUUUUAACACUUAUACUUAGACCGUAAAUCGUAGCGUUUAGGCUGAAAUUAGAAUUUAAUCACAAAUUACAAAACUUAAAGAGAAUAUAUUUAUGGGCUGUAUCCGGACGAUCUAAAAAAAAUGAUGGGAGGGUGGGUGUUGUUUUUAAAUUUGCCGACUAGAAUUUAAAAUGUUAAAUGUUUAUUAACAAGAAUUGUAAUUAUAAUUUAUCACUUAUAAUUAAUAAUUAUAAAAACAUUUACAAAAUUCAAAAACUAUUACAAUAAUUGAGUUAAUUUAUACAUUUUAACCAAACGAGGAAUGCAUUGGUUUCCCAAUGAUAUUUAUUUUUUAAUUUUAAUUUUUUUUUUUUACAUUCUGUAUACAAUUUCUACCAGAAAUCUUGCUUCAAUUUUCGAGUAUUGUACCUUUUCUGUAAGGAAAUUUUAUCUAAUUAGUACUUUCAAAAGGUAAUUUUUUGAUUUUCCAAGCAAUUUUCAUAAUAAAUGGGAAAAAUUAAAAAUGUAUGAAAAAAAAUACUUUUAUUAUUUUCAACUUUGUUUUUUUAUUGUAAUUAAUUUUAAAAUUUUCUUAGAGACUUAAAAUUUAGACAGAAAGUUUAUAUUUGUAUUUUUUAGAUGUGGUACAAUUUUCAAACUAUUAUUAUGCUAUUUUUGAGCUAGCUAUAAGCAUUUUUAUUUCAUGAGUUUUUACGUUUAAUUUUUAUUUGGUUGGUCGUUAUAAUGAUAAGUUGUAAUUUGUGGUAAAAAAAAAAAAAUUGAGUGAAGUGAAAAAUUAAUUUUAAUAAAAAUAGAUUUUAGUAUCAAAUUUCAACGAGAAUCAUAAAUUUUAUAAUUACAAAACAUAUAUAACCAAAAUCCGCUCAGUUUUAAAAAGCCGUAAUAUUAAUAGAGUACACAAUACCUACCAAAUAAAUAUUAUGUAAAAAACACGUACAAUUUAAAUGUUUAUAAGUAGCUCAACAAUUUCUCAAAUAUUUUAAUAAUUUUACCUCGUCUAAAAAGGUUAAAUUUAAGUUUUCUAUCCAAAUUUCAACUGACUACGAACAAUUUUAACUAAAUAACAAAAAAACUAAAUUUAAAAUAAUUAAAACCUUUUUUUUCAUAAAUUUUCCUGUUUUUACUACUUUUUCUCUGUUUUUUUCCAGAAAUAGUGCUAUACUUGAAAAUCAAAGAAAAAUUUCUAGUAGAAUUUUUAUACUACAUAGAAAACAAAAAUAAAGACAAAAAAAAAAAUAAAUAUAUUAAUAUCAAUACAUUCCUAAUCUUAAAACACAAUAAAUGAAAAUUUGAGUCAAGAGCAUUGAAAAGGAUUAAAGAAAAUAAAGAGGUAUCACAACAAUGUAAAAAUGACAAAAACCAAUUUUAAAUAAAAUUAAUGCCACGAAUAAAGCUAGAGUAUUAUUAUUAUUAUUAUUAUUUUUUUUUUUGGAGGGGAGGGGCAUUUGGUAUGUAGGCCCUUCAAAUUACUUGCCAACAUAAAAAAUAUAAGCCUUUCCCCCAUUGUAUGUAUAUACUUUAUACUAUUAGAAAUGUAGUAUACUUAUACACUAAUACUUACCUUGUUUCAUUUUAGUUGUCCAGCUACCAAGGAUUAUCUGGUAAUUCGAAUACAAUAAUAAUUUGCGAUUGUUUGUAUUUAAUAAAAUACAUCCUUCAAUCACCCAACGAUCAACACCAAAAUGAUUUAUUAUGGAUAUUGUUUUCUGAAAAAUUUGGAAAGGUAAUAAAUUAAUAAAUUAAUAUACUUAUAUGUUAAAGUCGUUUUAAAUCAUCAUCUAUGUCAGAUUUACAAAUGUUGAAUAAUAUUAUAUACUUUUAGGCAGGAACUAGAACCGAAAACUUUAUUUACAAAUAUUAAGAACCAUAACCUUAAUUAUAAAAGGUUUAAUAUUGGUUAGUAGUAAAAUAAUCUAAUUUGUUCAAAUACCUAGUGACUCAUAAGAUAUGUAAUUCUGUCCAGCGGUACUUUAUUUAAAAAAAUUAUCGAUAUUGUCAGUAGUUAUCACCCUUUAGAACCUUUUUUUAGCCUAAAGUUUUCCUUAAUUUCUUGAUUACCUAUUUGCAACAAAGGAAAAAUAUGACUAAUAAUACUCUUUUCAGAAUCGUUUUUCGUUUGCAAUUUAUCGUUUCAUAUAGAUAUAAAAUAAAUUACCCUGUAUAUAUUUUAAAUACCCACCAAAAACCCUAAACAAUGAUUUACCUGUGAGUUGCAUUAUCUCUUUUUCAAAAAACCGAUAUUUUUCAGAACCAGUGUUUAUCGGUUCUAGAGCCCCUAAACAUUAAGAAAACCUGAUCCAUAACCCUCAAAUUAAUUAAUUGACUAACCAAAACCGAAAUGGAAUCAAAUAAUUUAAAAGGUUCCAAUCCCUGGAGUUAUAGGUAAUUAUAUUAUAAUAAAUGUACAUUAAUCCAAACCUGUGACACCUUGAAUAUUAUGUACAUUUAAUACACUUAAAUUUUUGAAAUACUUAAAACAUUUUCGAAAAAUCAAAAUAUGUUUUAUUUUUUAUUGACCGAACGUAAACAUCUUAUCUAUCGCUCACAUUUUAUAUAAGUCUAUUUAGUUAUAAUCUACACAUAUUUAAUUAUUAUAUAGCCUCAACUUGUUGCAGCUCAUUUGAUGUCAUUUGUUUAAUUUGAUCAGAUAAUAAUCAUUAUCACCACUAUUUUUUAGUUAUCUUAAAUCCAGAAUCGUAGUUUUUGUGUGGCACAUGAAUUUAUAUAUAAAUUUGUCAGGAAUUUCAAUGGAAUCAAUUAGUUUUUAUUUCAAAGACUUCUUAAAUGGAUUGAAGUUAACGGAGGUCAUGUUAAAUAGUUACCGGAAUAAUUUGAUUACAACUUGUAAUUAUAAAGUUCAAUAAAACAAUUGAAUUUGGUUACUUAUUAUGUUUUUACAAACAAGUCAGUCGUAUAUUUUUAGUAGAUCAUUCAAUUGACACUUAAAUAAAAAAUAAUUAAUUCCAUUGAAUUCCCUGACAAAUGUACACACAUAUUCAUGACAAACCACAAAUAAUAGUAAAAAUUAUUAUUUUUGGAAAAAAUCGCCUGACUCCUUAUUUUGAAAGAGAAUCUUCCGAGAAAUUCUUUGAUGUGAUAUUGAUAUUUUACACAAAAAAAAAUUCUAAAAUUAGCCACAUAUAGAAUAAGACUUCGUAAAGUUGGCCAUUUUUUGACUUCCUGUAUAGAAGCUCAUAAAAGUACCUAUUAGCGAAUAAUACUAUAAUUUAUCUAUUAUAUUUUAAUAAAACUAAAUUUGAAUUUACUGUCUCUGUAGAUAGUCUAGUUAAGUAAUUAAUUGUAAAAAGAAAAUAUUACUGAAGGAUAAUAAUUUGUGGUGUCAUAUUUAUAUUUGUCAAAAGUUUAUCGAAAAAUAUUAAGUAAUACUUUAGUAAUAAAAGUAAUACUAAGGAAAUUUUGUAAUAGACUUAAAUAAUUAACCUGUUUGAAUUUCAGCCCUUCCUUACACAAAUGGAGAAACCGAUUAAAUAUGAUUCUAAUUAUUAAUUGUUUACUUAUUCAAAUUGAAUUCCUAUUUAUAGAUAAUUAUUAAAAUUAUUGAAAAUCCAAACCGAAGACACUGGGCUGUGUUGAUUACCGAAUUAAUUGCUUUGAUAUUUAAAAAUCAACAUGUUGACCAUAUGACAAAACUUUUGAAUGAAACAAAUAAAUUUAUGAAAAAUUCUAGUUCUGAAGAUAAUGAAAGCAAUACAUCCCCUUGUCCAGUAAAAAUAAAUUAUAAUAAUAUUAACAUUUUAAAAUGGAUACAAAAUAAAAUUAAAAUACUUAUAUUAUUUUUAAACUUUUAGAAGAGCAGAACAAAUUCUUCUCAAGAUGAAUUUGAAUCUGAUGAAAAUGAUAUUGAAUGUCACUAUGAAUGCACAUUAAAUCAAAUUCCAGUAUGAAUAUAUUAUACAGUCAUAUAAUAUAAACUGUGCAAAUAUUUUUUUAUGAUUAAGUAUAUUGAUUUUUAGAUUACAUUUAAAGAAAAACUAUAUGACAUAAAUUCUUUAGAAAAUAAAGAUGAUAAUUCUUUAAUCGGUUUACAACAAAAUGUACACUCAAAACCUUUUAAUGAUACACUUAAAAUCAAAACUGCAUUUAAAGAACCUACUGUUAUUUAUAAUUUAAAAAGGUAAAUUUAUAUACCUAAUAUUCUAUAAUUUGUAUUUAAAUAUAUUCUGAUUUAAAUUAUUAUAAAGUAGUUUGUAGGUAUUAAAUAUUAAUCCAUUUCUAUUUUUCUAUGAAAUUUUGUUUUAGUACAAUUUAAGGUACAUUUAUAUUUACAUUCCAGGAACAAUAAGCAAAAUAAUAAAGUGUUAAAGAAGUAUAGUAAAAAACAGAAAAAAGAGCUGACUACCCAACAGAAAUUAUUUAUGAAAAAUAAAAAAAUAACUUCUAAUUCAACUGAUAAUAAAAACCAAGCAUUUCAAAUAAUGAAAAAUAUCAAGUAAAUAAUUCAUAAUUUUAAUUCUGUUUUAUUUAAAUUAAUUAUUAAUUUGUCUUAUUAGAUUAAAUUUCAAAAUUAUACCGAAACAUACACCAAGUCAAGAAUGUAUUUCAUAUUUUCUUCAAAAAUUUACUGUUGAUUUUCUACAGAACGGAUUCAAUACACUAGUUGAUGAAAUUUAUAAUUUAGUAACAACUACUACACACCAAUGUAUAGAUUCUUCCCUAUAUUUCUGGAUUUUAACAUAUUUCUGUAGAUUUUGUAAACUAAAUAAAAUUAAUUUAAAAUCAGUCAGGUAAAAAUUGGUUAUUUUAUUGACUUGAUUUUUUAUUUUUAAGAUAAGUAUUAAUAAAACGUGUUCAUAUUUAUGAUAGGGGAAUUGUAUCAUUGAAAUUGAUUUCUUACAUUGUUCAAGAAGGUUUUAAAGUAUCAGAACAAUUAAUGAUAGCAAAACAUAAUAAAUCUCCAGCUAUCAAUUUAUUAGUCCGACAUUUGCAUUUGGUAAGUUAAUAUUUUAUUUGAUGAAUAAUUUCAUAUCAUUUUUAAAAAUAAAAAUAAAAACAAAUCUUUCCAUAGGUAAUUAUGGCCAUAAAAGAAGUAAUUAAAACUAUUGAGUUUUAUAGACUAACUGCUGAAGGAUUUCCAUUUUUUGUCGAAAUAAUUAAAGAUAUCAAAAGUAAGUUAAGACCAUAAUGUGUAAAAUAUUUUAUAUUAGUAUAAUUAUUAUUCAAAAUAUAAAUUAAUAUUAUUUUGAACUUAUAAAUUUAAUUGUUUUGGUGUCAGCAACACUUUUGUUUAAUGUUCAUUAUUUAGUAUUAACAUUUAAUAUUUAUAACUUGUUUAAUAAUAUGUACCUAAUUAAAAAACUGUAUAAUUAAAAAGAAAAUAACAAUUUUUAAUUAUUCUGUAGAUUCAGGUAAUAACUCAACAGAAUCUAUAAAUACUUGGGCAAAAGAUCUCAAGUCAAUUUUUGUGUUACUCAUACAUCAGUACGAUAGCAACAUACAAGUCAUUGAUUACUUACAAGAUUUAAUUGUUGCAAACCAUAUGAUAAUAUCUUUAUUUGAUAAUUUCAAAAACUGUUGGAAUUUUAGUGAUAGCAUUACUGCACAUAUUAAAAAGUAAAAUAAUAUUCACAUAAAUUAUUUGAUAACUAAAAUAUAUAUAAUAAUACUAAGUACUAAUAGGUAAUUAUGAUGAUAUACUGCAAUUUGUUUACAGAUUCGCGGCUUAUGAUAUAAUGUUUAAUUAUGGAACUGUUCUACAAAAUUAUAAAAAAAACGAUGCUGUAGUAAACGAAGCUGUAUUCACUAUGAUGCAUCAUAUAAUUGGAGAAGUCGAAAAUACUACAGUCCUAUUUCAGCCAACUAUUAUGAAAACAUUUUUGAAAAUUUAUGAAGAAGAAAAUGAAGUAUACCAAGUAAUACUAUCACUAUUCCCUUCUUGAACAUAUGCAAUAGAAAACAUUUAAUAUUCUCUAAUAUAAUUUAUAUAUGAUUAGAGGUGGUCUGAUUUGAUAGAAUGUAUGAUACACAUGUUUCUACAAAUGCCAAAAUUCAAUAAGUUUGGCUGUAGAAACCAAUUCGAUGGAACUUUAGAGUUGCCUUCAUCUCCAUUGAAAUAAUUAUAUAUGCAAUUUAGAAUUUCAUAUUAUUAUUGAUUUUGUUUACAUUAUUAUUAUAUUAAAUAGUUAACAUUUAAAUUAAUUGAUUAAAACAUUGAUUGUAUUCCUACUGACUUAUUGCACGUGUGUCAACAUUGCAUCAUUAUUUUUUUAUUCGAUUAAUACAUAAUAAAUAAAUCAUAAAUGUAUAUAUAUAUAUAAACUGAUAAUAUUAUGUGUAUUAAUUUUAUUUUUACAUAUUCAAUUUUAGGUUAGUAUUAUUAUUAUAUAACAAUAUAGUUAAAUCACGUGUGUCUAUUUUUCUAUAACACCAAUUUAUAUGUCAGUCACUAUUAUAUAUUAUAUACUAUAUAUAUAUAUUAUAUACUAUAAAUUAUUAUAUAGGUAAUAAUAGUUGUCACGAUUUCGUAAAAAAAAUCUAAAGGCACUUAAUAAUAAUUAGACAUAGAGGGUAAUUAUUUUCUAUUAAUAAUUUACUAAUAUUCAAUUAAAAUCCACUGUCAAUUUAAAAUGCUUUCAAAC